AUGGUUACGCCAGGAUUGGCAUCGCUCGGAAUUACGCAAUACCUGCCCAGCAAUAAAAGUGAACUUUGUGAUGUGGUGUUUCCAGGAUGUGACGAUCUGAUGCUGUCCUUACCGAUCAUCCGUCAAAAGACUCCUUCCAGCCUCAAGCAGUUUGUCCAUCUCGCCUGUAUGGCUCGCACUACGGGGCCGCAAACGAUCCUCGUGCUUCGGAAGUUCGAUCAUCGGAACGUCACGUCCUCUUCUGGCCCCUGA